AUAAAAGUUGAAAUUUAAUUUAACAAGAAGAAUUGAGAGUAACAAUGAACAAUCAUUAAGCUAUUUAUAAAGGAAUAAAAAAAAAGGAAGAAGUGAUCUCUACUUAAAUCACAGAAAGGUUUGCAUAAGAAUCAUAAUAUAAUACUAUUUAUACUCAAAAUUUAACACCCAAUCAGAGUCGCCAGUAAUCAGAUACAAAUAUUGAUUAAUUAAUCUUAAAUCCAAACGAUUCUAAUACAUAUAAUACUCCUAAAAAAAAUUAAAAACUAAAUCAAGAAUUAAUUUUAAAGAGUAAUGAGCUAUUAAAGAAAAAAUAAAUAAAUUUAAAUACUAAUACUGAGAAUAGUAAUUCAACUACAAAUAAGUUGAGUUCAUCUAUUUUAAUUUUAAAAAAAUAGGAAGAAAAAGAAUGCAAAUAUUGUGGAUAAACUGAUUCAUAAAAUAAUUUUAUACGUCCUUGCCUUUGCAAAGGAUCAAUGUAGCAUGUACAUUAAUAAUGUGUGCAAAAAGAUGUUGAAAGUAAUUUUAUGGAUGAAAAAUAAAGUAGAUUUAUAAAGCCCAUUAGGUGUGAAAUUUGUAAAUUCCUUUUUAGAAUAAAACUUUAUAAGGAGAUAAAUUUAAUAUAAUCUUUUAAAGAUCCUACUAAACAUGAAAAAUUAUUAUUCUUAUCAUUCAUUUUGACAAUUUUAUCAAUGAUAAUAAUAUCGCUAAUAGUAUUGUCAAUUGUAAUAAAGGAUGAUUUAAAAAUACAUAUUGAUUUAUUAAUUGGGAUUAUCAUUGCUUUUUUGAUAGUUUUAGGAUUGAUAUUAGCUUUUGCUUUAAAUUUUUUGGAUUUAAUUACAAAUGUAUAUAAAUUGUUAUUUAUUGUAGUAUUAUUGGUUUGUUUAAGAUCGACAUUUAGGUAAUUAAGUUGAUAAUGGAAUUUAAGUGGAUUAUUAGAGUUUGAAUUUGAUUUUAUCACUUGGGACACUGAAAUACUAAUGGAAUAAGUUUUAAGUACUACCUAUAAAUGAAUGAGU